AUGGCAACAGUGACUACACAAGCCUUCUUUGGGUUCAUGGGAGUAUCAAGCGCAUUGGUUUUCGCUAAUCUCGGCGCUGCUUAUGGUACUGCAAAAAGUGGAGUAGGUAUUUCUUCAAUGGGUGUAAUUAAGCCAGAACUGAUCAUGAAAUCAAUCAUCCCAGUAGUCAUGGCUGGUGUCUUGGGCAUUUAUGGUCUUAUCGUUGCAGUUAUUCUCGUCCAAAAAAUUAACGACAAUGACUACUCAUUCUAUGAUGGCUACAAACACUUGGCUUCAGGAUUGUGUUGCGGAUUAAGCUCAUUAGCAGCUGGAAUGGCUAUAGGAAUAGUAGGCGACGCUGGAGUUCGAGCAAAUGCACAGCAAGAUAAAAUCUUUGUCGGGAUGAUUCUGAUCCUUAUCUUUGCUGAAGCCUUAGGUCUUUAUGGACUCAUUAUUGCACUAAUCUUAUCUCAAUAA